UCCAUUUCCCCAGCUCUAGUGACACAAACACACCAGGCGAGCGCUGCUGCUGCUGCUGCUGCCGCCCAAGCCAGGAUCUUACAAACCCCCCUUCGCCGCCUCCUCCCCGUCUUUUCCAAGGCGCUCCAAGCGCAGAACCGAUCCCCUCCCCAGGGGCUGCACCGAAGAAGCGCGCGGGGAAACUCCAGCUUGCAAGGCGAGGGGAAGGGGAGGGGGGCACGGCGCCAGCUUCCUGCUUGCUAAGAAGGGGGGCGGGGGGAGAGAAGAAGACGAAGAGGAGAAGCAGCAGCAACCAAAGGGCCUCAUCCCCACGUUUCUGCCCAGAAUGCUUGCUGUUUGCCAACACUGAAGGAGGUGCAAUGGGGCCUGCCUCCUAACUCUGGUUAACAGCCCCCUCCCUCCCAAAUCCCAAACCCACAUCUGUCGUGGCGACCGCGGAGUGUCGCCUCUGGGGGCGGAGCCCACCUCGGUCUCUCCUUAUUGGUUCUGGAUGGAAUUGCGGUGAAUGGAACAGAAGCCCAGCACGGUGGAGUGCCUGUCGGAGCCAGAGGACACCCGGUGGCCGGAUGGGAAACGUAAAAGAAAAAGCAGCCAAUGUUCGGUGAAAAGCAGUAUGUCAGGGUACAUCCCUAGCUACUUGGACAAAGAUGAGCAGUGUGUUGUAUGUGGAGACAAAGCCACAGGGUACCACUACCGAUGUAUUACCUGUGAAGGCUGCAAGGGCUUUUUCCGACGGACGAUCCAGAAGAACCUGCACCCAACAUACUCCUGCAAGUAUGAUGGCUCCUGCGUCAUUGACAAGAUCACCCGCAACCAGUGCCAGCUUUGCCGAUUCAAGAAGUGCAUUGCCGUUGGCAUGGCCAUGGACUUGGUGCUGGAUGACUCCAAGAGGGUAGCCAAGCGGAAGCUGAUUGAAGAAAACCGGGAGAGGCGGCGCAAAGAAGAGAUGAUGAAAUCCCUUCAGCACCGGCCGGAGCCAACUACGGAUGAGUGGGAUCUGAUCCAGAUCGCCACAGAGGCACACCGCAGUACCAACGCCCAAGGCAGCCACUGGAAGCAGAAGCGGAAAUUCCUGCCCGAAGAUAUCGGUCAGUCACCAAUGGCCUCCAUGCCUGAUGGGGACAAAGUAGACUUGGAAGCAUUCAGCGAGUUUACGAAGAUCAUCACCCCUGCUAUCACCCGUGUGGUGGAUUUUGCCAAAAAACUGCCCAUGUUUUCAGAGCUGCCUUGUGAGGACCAGAUCAUCCUUUUGAAGGGCUGCUGCAUGGAGAUCAUGUCACUGCGGGCGGCUGUGCGCUACGACCCCGAAAGUGAGACACUGACACUAAGUGGUGAGAUGGCUGUCAAGCGGGAGCAGCUGAAGAACGGUGGCUUGGGCGUGGUGUCAGAUGCCAUCUUUGAUCUGGGCAAGUCCCUCUCUGCCUUCAACCUGGACGACACGGAAGUGGCGCUGCUCCAGGCUGUGCUGCUCAUGUCCUCAGACCGCAGUGGACUGAUCUGCGUUGACAAAAUUGAGAAAUGCCAAGAGACCUACCUGCUGGCGUUUGAACACUACAUCAACUAUCGCAAACACAACAUUCCCCACUUCUGGCCCAAGCUCCUCAUGAAGGUGACUGACCUGCGGAUGAUUGGGGCUUGCCACGCCAGCCGCUUCCUGCACAUGAAGGUGGAAUGCCCCACGGAGCUCUUUCCCCCGCUCUUCCUCGAGGUCUUCGAGGAUCAGGAAGUCUAGGGUGUGGGGACAGAGGGGGCAAACAGGGUGGCGCGGGAGAAUUGGGGACGUGGGGCAAUUUGGGAUGGGGGCGAUGUCUGGACUCGGGCCAUAAGGCCCCCCCACCUCAUCACCUCGGACACAACAGAUUUUCAUUUUAUUUUAAUUUUGGUUCUGUUUUGUUGUUUUCAUUUUUUCUUUUCAUUUUUUUGUUUCGUUUUGUUUUUUCUAAAUAUUGCACGUCAGCAUCAGUGAAUCACGUGGACGGGGAGGCGGGGGCGUCGUUGAUAGGGGUUGGGCCACCAAAAAAAGGUCGAAACUAUACAAAACCUUUGUUAUGAGGUAGACUUGUGCAGUAGCCAACACUUUUUUGUCUAGGCAGACUUUAAAAAAAGAAAUAAGUGGGCAAUGUGAUUCCCACUUGCCCCCUGUGUAUCUUACUUCCUCCAAUCCCCUUUUGUCCCAAAGUUAUCUUUCCAGGGUAAGGCACCUGUCUUAACUUUUGAUACAAUGUUAAGAGGAGGAAACCAACCCACAUGUUCCCCCCUCCAAAAAAACAAAACCCCUUUGCCCUUCUCCCCAUUAAGAAAGAAUUCCCCUUUCCCCACAGCACUGGAAACAGCUGGCACCUCUCUGCUUUAGCCCUGAUCAAACCUCUCUCGUUUAAAUGGACUUGAUUACCAAUAUAUAUAAAUAUAUAUAUGUUUCUUUUGCACAUAACAGUCCCAGGAAACGUCAGAGUGUGUUUGGUUGUUUUAUUCUUGUUUUCAUUUUCUUUUAGAACUUUUAGCAUUUAGUUACCCUCCCUGGGAGGCUAAAAUAUAAAAUGCACUUUUUUGUAAAAGAAAUAAAGAUUUUUUUUUUAAAAAAAGAAAGAACGUAAAGGAACUGAGAGAGGAAGAGAAAGAUCCUAUUAAAUUAUUGGGGGGUGGGGGAGUCAGGCAGUGGGGGAAAGAAAGUCACAGGUGGUUUGGCAAAAAAAAAUAAAAGUACGCAGAUUGAGGCUCAAGGUCCAAGCGUGAGGGACAAAUGCACUUUGAAAUAGACAAAAACUCCCCCUUGCCACUCCUCCCCUGGUGGAGAAACAGGUGAUUGAAUAAGAAAUCUAUUUUAUUUUGCUUUGAAUCGCACUGCAGGGCUAGAAGCUAAGGGGUGCCUGCUUUUUAUUCCAGUGCUGAAGGGGUAUAAUGUUCAACCUUCUUCCCUUCCCCUGAAAACCCCUCUCCUCCUUAAGGCUUCAGCCAAACUACCUCCAUGUCGGGCAAGGUGGGCAGGUUCAACAGGUGCCCACCCACUCUUACGUUGUCUCCCUUCUCCCAACCCACCCCAGCUAAAGGCCGCAUGCAAUGUUCUCACUGGGCUUUUAAAUGGCCCUUACUAGUUCUUUGCACACGCUUCCCCACGCCACGUGGCGGUACACUUCUUGCUGCACUAGUAUUCUUCCUGCCCUGCCCUGCCUUUCCUGUUCUUCUCUCUGGGGAAGCAGACUCCCUGACUCUUCAGCGCUCCAAGAGAACCAAGUGAGGGUCGAAUCUUUCUUUUUCUUUCUUUUUGGUUGUUUUUGCAAAUGGCACUUAUCAGUAUAGAAAGCAGUAAAAGGAUAACAUUCACCGGGAGGUGGCAACAUCCCUCCCACAACGCAGGAGAUCUGCAGACUUCCUGGCAGUAGGCAGGGCGUGACUAGCUCUGCGUAACCUAAUUGGGGAAGGUGCCAAGCAUUUUGCUGUCUGCUUAAAAACCUUUCUCUUACAGCUUCCCGUGUCCCAUACACCCUUAAACCUUCAGCCCUACUGUAGCACCAAUUGUACUCGUUCCCAUGGGGAAAAGGGCAAAGACCUCUGUUUAACUGUCUCCUCUGGGACAGGGACAGGGACAGGGGAAGAGCAAUGUGUCUGAGAAUCACCCCUGCCCAAUCCAACCUAGUUAUCUCUUUUGGAGGGGCACCAGAUCAAGGAAAUCAUGUUCUAAUGCACUUCCUUACCCAUUGUGGUCAUCUCUGCCCACCCUUAAUGCCAUGGGCAGAACCAAACCCUUAGCCUCAGGUUGCACAAAAUAGUUGGAGGAAACCUGAUUGUAGAUUCGGGGUGGGCAACCCACAUUUGGAAAACAGAGUCAGCCAAGCUGUUGAGAGAGAAGCACCCCAGGUUUUCAGACUUGGAUUAGCUGUCAUUUUUUUCAUUUUAGCUUUCUGCUUAUCUGUUUGUUCCUGGUUGUUUGGGAAACAGGCAGAACCUCUGAAACUCUGGCCAGCAACUAGUUUCAUGGAUGCACCACUUUGAGGAGGGGAAUAGAGAAUGGUGAUAUGCCAGGCCUUCCUCUCCGUCCCAGAAGUGGACUGCCAGCAAGCCCCCAUUGCCACAACCGCCAGGCCUGCCUUUCACACAGCUCUCUUGCCUCCAGGUUAGCAGGGAGAGCAGGGGGGAUUUGGCACUUGGUGCCUGGGAGGCUAGAUUUUGCACUGGGACCUCCAGUUGCCGACCCCUAUAAAGAUUUGCAGGGGGUGGGGGUGGGGGAAAGACCACCAGCUUCCCACUUUCUUCUUCCUGUCUGUUUCACCCUUAAUGCAAACAAGACUGUGAUCACCUUAAUGCAAGUAUUUUGGCACUUAACGCUGUUAAUGGGUCAGACCUCUUGCCUGAGCCGCUUCUUCUGUGAUAGAUCCAUUUUUUGUCAAUCUGUUAGCCAGACCUCUUUUGCAACUGUAAUGUAAUAUUAUUAGGGGAGGGGGGUGGGGUUUUUUUACUCCCCCUUCCCUUCCUUCUUUGUCUCUCCGCUGUCACUUGGUUUCCGUUGAGAAAAACCCUUUACCUCUUACCUCAUUCAAGACGCCGUGGGAAACGUUAUGGGAUGGGUUGGGUGCAUGUCAGAUGUACCAGCUGAAGGUUCAGGGGCCGGCGUAUGGAGAACACAGCUCCAAUUUAAGCUAAUAUACAGAAAUAUAUAUAUAAGUAUGUAUAAUUUUUUUUAAUUAAGAAGAAAAAUCUUUGUACGGGUCUGUUCACAAAAAAGAAAAAAGAAAAGAAAAAUUACGCAAACGAAAUUGGGGUUGGAAGAAAAAAAGUAGAGUUUUUUGUUUUGUUUCUUUAAUCACUUUUAAACAAUGUGGGAAUCAUGGGGGUGGGGCGGGUGUUAUUGCUGAGCUGGUAUUGGCUGAAACGUGGAGUCCCAAAUGCCAGCACAGCAUGGUCGGUUAUAAGCAGGGCUGUGCCUGAUCCACUAUUCCGUGCAAGCAUAGAAUUUGGUGCUGGAUACAGGUCUUAAGAGUCUCAUUUUUAAAAAGAGAACAAGGUUCUAGCCCUUUUGGCUAUGAAGAUUGGCUUGAAAGGGUGGCGAAAGCUCAGAGCAGGGGCUAAGUAGGUUUUCUAGUGUGCAGAAGCAGAAUACAUUAUGCAAAAUAAGCAUACAUAUGCAGUUUUGCUUAAUCAUUCAGCUUUUCUUAAAACAGCAUUCAGCUUUUCUUGAUGUGGGAUUUAGAUGUUUGUUUUUAACGUGCAGAAUAUACACAGCCCUAGUUGUAUUUCCAUCAGUUGUCUCCCGAGGGAGCUGCAGCUGUUGUCCACUGAAAUCGUUUAUCUUGGGGUCAUGCAGUUCCAGAUUGCUUGCCUAGAAGAUAUGAGUUAAUCUAUUGAAAUGUGGGGCCAGGCUUUCUUGGGGGUCAGAAACCUUCUAGUCCCACAUAGAGGCUGGGGUCUUGCCUGAACCACCUCCAAAGCCUAAUGUCCAUGCAAUAAUAAUUUGAAAAGCAUCCAAAGAUGAGGGACUCCACAGCCUGGUUGGCCAAUAUUUUAGCCUGGCAUUUUCUUCUUGUACUUAAAGUGUAAUAUACAUUUCCUGUACACACGUGCGUACAUACCCAGAGGCUCUUCCUAUAAAUAGAAGCUUCAGUUCUUUCAUGCUCAAUCUCACUUUUCCAGAAAAGACACGGGAAGCAACCUGCUAAGAUGGAUCAUCUUGACUCAGCCCCUUCUUGUCGCAGACCGAGUUGCUUUGCUCCUCCUGAUUCCAACCCCUCAUUUUAAAAAGCAAUUCUGACCCUACCCAACCAAUCCUACAAGCCGUCUGUAAGCAUUACAGAGAUCUUUUCACCCAUAAAACACUUCCCUUCUUGUGUUUAAACAUGUCUUGUGCAAUGAACUAAGAACCAUUUGUGUGUGUGUGCGUGCGUGUGUUUAUGUGUUUAACCCAAAACCUGGGUUGGAUCCAGGAUCUGCCUUCCUACAGAAAGUUCCUCUGCCUGAUUUUUGGGAUUCCCUCUCCCACACACACCACAGCUCACCCAAUUCAGCAGGGUCUCCUGAUUCUGUGUGUAGCUUUUUCUGGGGGCUGCCAUGGAAAGGAAGGGGUGGGAAUUCCAUUUUCACCAGCACGGUUGAUCCAGCAUUAGUCUGGAUCCAACACUCUUGUCUUUACGCAAGUCCUGUGCCAAGGAGAAAGCCCCUUUGAAACCAGUGGGACUUUCUUCUACAUAAACAAUCAAAGGAUUGAUCUUAUUUCUCAAAAGGCUUGGAGGAAACAACAAGAUCUUGGGAUUUUCUGAUCAUGAACCAAGGGCUCGUCAUAUAAACAUAUGACACUGCCUUAGAUGGUGCCAGACCACCUAGCUCACCAUUGUCGACUCUGACCGGCAGAAGCCCAACAACGCCUCGGGCACAGGUCUUUCCCAGCCCUGGUACCUGAGGGCCAAGUGAAACGUGAUGCAGCAGACCCAUGAAAAGUCUCCUGCUGAGGGUGGUUUUUUUUACCGAUCAAAGCAGCAGGGAUGGGGACCAUAUUUCUAAUCAAAAUUCUGUGCCACACUUUCUUACCCUGAAGGAAUAAGAUUUAGAGUCCUUUCACUGGAUAUCCUGUUACUGGAAAUGCCCAUCAUUAAACCUGGGACUUUCCUUAUUCCAGCAAGGCAUGAAGCUACAGCCCCUCCCUCUAAGGGAACCUUUUGCGGUUUCAGACUGGAGCCAUCUGUUGCUUUAAGUGUAUUCCUUUGGCAGGUUUUAGUAUGCAGUGUUAACAUGAGUGCAUCCAACGUGCCUGCACACACACAAAGAGAUACACAAAUAAACCCAGCUCCCUCCUUCCCUGAGACUUAAAUCCUUUCACACCAUCAAAUAUUCCUGCAUUACUCCUCUUAACCUGCUUUUCCACUAUGCAAGAACAUGCCCCCCCCCCCCGCCCAAAGCAAAAUUGUACCACUCCGGGCUCGGGUCCCAUUCCCACUGUGCUCCUCUGCUGCCUUUUUGCCUGCCUCCACCCACCCCCCGACCCCCGCGACACUGUUUCAGGUGGAGCCGUACUUUCUCCCCUCAAUCAGAAUCCUGCGGAAGAAAAGGAUGAAUGGGAUGGCAAGAAGAGCCGACCGUCUGGUCAGCAAUGGAUUGCAGCUUCCAAUGAAUUGGAUCUCUGUUUAUAAGCUGGAGCACCAGUCCAUGAACUGCACCCUUCAAUCCACUGGUGAUUCCCACCCACUUGAAUCUUCCGCCAUUUCUUUUCACCUUCUAAUGCAUGCCUAUGGACAUAUGAAGCUGCCUGAUACUAAGUCAGACCAUUGGACCAUUUAGCCAAGUACUGACUGCUCUGCCUGGCAGUGGCUCUCCAGGCAGGAAUCUUUGGUACCUGAAAUCCUUUCCACUAGAGAUCUGAGCUAUUGUCCCUCCCCAUUACAAGCUUUUACAAAAAUAUUAUUGUGGUGAUCAAUAUUUCAGCCCCAAACCCUAAGGACUGCUCCAGAAAUUCCCAAAUGUGUCUCAGACAUUUGGCCUAAAAGCCUGGCUCUCUAACUGGAACAUUGAAUGGAUUCUCAUCUCCUUUGGAAGAGAAGAGAGGAAGGUGGCAGAUGGGAAAAUCCUGUGUGGGGUUCCAUGUCAAUCUUAGCACAUUUUAAUGCACCACUAAUACCAGAAUAAGACUGCUGUGCUGUUCCAAUAGUGGGGUGGGAGGUGAGGCUCAGAGAGCUGCAGAUUUCACUAGCUUAUCUGCAACACACUGAUAAAAUGGUUCCUAUCCCCACUCUGCUUCGCCCCAUUUUGAAAACUGGUGAUGUUCCUAGGAAAACAAGGGUGCUUUUCCCAAGCCUUGGGGAAAGUAUGUCACUUCUGGGCGUCAUGCACACUCAUCAGUUGAUGACUACAACAUCAGGUGAUGGCUUACUUUUGUGAAUGGGCUGCCACCAGGUUGAAUUUUAAUGUUCCCUCUAAUGAUGCUUUUUUACUGUGUCAGUUGACACAUUCAUCAUUUCGCCAUCAAGUGAUCAUAAUGCAAGGGUAAAACACUCCUUGGCCUGAAGAUGAAUAUAGGUUUUAAGAGAGUUGGAAAUGGUUUGAGGGAGAUUUUGUUUAUUAUGGGGUACACACACAUCCUAAUGCCAACACUGCUGAAAAUAUUUUUUGGAACAGUAUGCUAACAUAUUUAACCUGAAGCAGGAAUGUAUGGGCUGCAAUGUUUAAUUAAUUGAUUUUAAAACUUAAGCAAAUAUAAAGUUGGCCCCAAUUAAUUAAGCAGCAGUUUAAAAUGCAUAUUUUUAAUACUAAUAAUAUUUGCAGAUGGCAAGCUCUAUUUUAGAGGCAUUCCCUCUUUUCUCACGCAUAGGAGGAAAUCUCUGUUCUUAGAUUAUGCCUGCUAUGACAAAUACACGGUAUCCCUAAAAUGAAAUCAGUUUCUUCCUUCAAAAAUACCGUUCUUGUCACAGAUAUGAGAUCUCUGCCUGCAUGGGGCAGCAUUUUGGAAAUUCCUAGAGUUUUCUGUAUUGUUCUAUAUGCUAUACUCCGGUGGGGAAACCCUGUGAACCAUUGCUGUUUGAGGGUGGGAAGAAGGCCCUUUUCCCUUCUGUUACUUUUUGCCCGUUGCCUUAGCAGCAGCAAUGUAGGAACUUCUGUAUCUCAGCAUUUUCCUCAACUUUACGUUUUCCCCUCUCUUGUCCUCCCAAGAAAUGCAAAUUCAGUGGAUAGAUUAAUUAACUGAAACUCAUAUGUUGGAUUACAAGUUUGUUAAUUAGGUUGGAGCCUUAACGUGUUGUACACAUCCCAGCCAACAAUCCCUCUUUCAAAUCACCUUCAACUCUCAGGUAACGUUAUCUGACAGUCCCCAGCAAUAUUUUCUCAAGACCUGGAGAGACGCAGGAGUGUGUUUUGCUUGUCCACACUUGCAUUAUAUGUUAAAUGUAAUGCAAGCUUUGUUGCUGUUGAUGUGUGUUUGCUUUUUAAAAACAAAAUUUCAGGACUCCUGAAACCGGGGCUUUAGAAAAACUAUUUACAGUGUUUUAAAAGUCACAGGCUCCCUUUUUUCAUAUUUCUUAUGUUAGCUAGACACACACACACACACACACACACACACACACACACACACACACCCACACCCCUUACGUUUGACAUACAAGUGGAAGCACUGCCCAAAAGCAUGCAUGGAACAACUGGAUCUGUCUGUUCUUCUGCCACUAUUUAACCACCCUGUCAAUCUGAAAGGGCAUUCAGGGGAAAUAACCUCAGCUCAAUGAUCUUCAGUCCAUUUUCUAUGGCCAAGCCUAAACCCUCAAUAUAUACAGAAGAGCAAGUGACACGUAGCCCUUCUUUCAUCAGCUUGUCUGCAGCCUACCUCCUUCAUCUUUAAGAAAAACCCUUCCUCCACCACCUUAGCUUCACUUGCUGUGUCCUGAGUUCUUGUCUGCUCUCUUUUCUGCAGGUGAGAAUUCCCCUUUGGUUCUGGUAUGACGCGGCCCUUGGUUUCAGCUAGUUGCCCUUCUACUUGGUGGGCACAGCAAAGAUAGAUGCCCAGACACACCCAUGUCAGCGGUGCACUCUUCAUGGAAGUGCUACAGAGGAGGCCAAAGUCUGCCACCCAACUAUGACCAGGGCACCACCAGACAAGGCAGCAGAAUAGGCGUGGUGGUGCCAGGGGGGUCUACAGCGACCACCAGUUUUAAGGACCCUUGGAAUGCCUUACAGCCACCUGCACAAUCUUGCAUCUUUUCUCUGAGGGGGAAUAUUACCCUGACUCUGGCAUGCAUGUCCCUGUGUCUAGGGACAUGAGGAUAUACUCCUAUGAGCACACACCCAACACAUGUGCCGAUACCUAGGUAUCCGAACAUAUAUUUGUCAUGGGAUGCACAUAACUAUCCAAGCUUGGGAGUGUUGUGUGUAUGCAGUGUGGAUCAACUCAGGUGUGUGUUCAAUUUUGUGUGUGUGUUUUGAGCGAGCAAGUUGUCUUUCCAUAUAUAUUUUAAUUCUCUACUGGUGUGUGAACAUGUCUGGAAUAGAUUUACCCCUCUGUUGUGGAAAGUGGUUCCAUACCUCUGUGUAUGAAUGUGUAUGUGUGAGUCUGAGCGCAUGCCUGUACAGGCAUGUGUGGACAUAUAUGUGCAUUUCUGUGCUUCCAGCUGCACAUCUGUCUUGAUGUGACUGUGCUUUCUGUCCUCUGCCUAUUUAGGGCACGGGUGUCUGCUCCAGAAAGUUUGCCCCCCACAUGUGUGCGAUGUGUAGUGACCGGGGGGGGGGGACAGUUGCAAGGCCUGGGGCUGAGGUCUGUUCUGACUGUAUGUUUGGAACUAUUGGGCCAAACAUUUGGGCCUGUUUUCUGAUUCAUAGCAGAGUCGAGAUGUGCAUAUUUGACCACACUCAAAUAUGGGGGGGACUGCUUUCAUGAGUGAGUCCAUGUCCCUGGGGCUUGGUUUGUGGGUUUUAUUUCUCUCGUCCCACCCCUCACGUUCAGUAUUGGUGUCCAUUUCUGCCUAGAACACUCCCGUCGUUUCUUCCUCCUCCCCUCUCUGUUCCCACUUGGUCACCACCCUGACAGAGUCGCUGAAGCAUUUGCCAUGCAUCCGCGCUCCGGCUGAGUCCCAACCUGGCCUGGUUUCCUACCGCUCCCCCACUUCUUUCAGGAGGCCUUAAUGCAAUUCCUAAAGCAGCCUGCAGGGGUGCACUUUCAUAAAACCAAGCAGUGUACAGUCUAUCCGGUAUUUGUACUCUUGUAAAUAUUUUGUAUAUAGCCAAGAAAGUGUAGGCAAAGGACACUGGCUAGGGAGGCAUGAGUGGGAGCAUGUUUGCUCUUAUGUGAACAUGCUUGCAACUCUGUUUAUUAGAAAAGGAGAGGGGCAGGCUAUUAGUUCCUCAUUGCCUUAUACCAAAUAGUGACGUUUCUUUACAAAUUAAUAUUUGGUCUCUUUCACUCACUUCCCAUGCAAAUCCAAAUGUAGGGACUGGGAAAUCCCACAUUGAGGGUGAGGUGUUUUUAAAAUCGGAGAAAAUGUCAUGAUCAGUUUCUUCUUGGAGUGAAAUCCCAGUGCGAGCGUGUGAGCAUGCGUGUGUGUGUAUAGCUGAGUGAGAGUUUCUCCUGCAAAAGUUCCAUUGAAUGAAUGGGACGUCUUAUUCAUUGCAUUGAGGCUUGUGCAGCAGAACGUCCUGUUUGAUUGCACCUGUAGCAUUUGUAUAUAAAAAUGUAGUUCUGUCAACUGUGCAUAACUAAACAUGCACAGAUCCCCUAUGCAUACGAAGUGUAAA